GUGUGGCGGCAAACAGCAACAAAAGCUUUAAAACGGUUCUGAAUAAUUGAAUUCGAUACAGGCUCUCCUGAGCUCUCCCCUCUUUGUAGACUUCAGGAAUUCGAGGCCAAAUGAGAUCAGGAAGUGGGAAAGACCCUGCCAUCUCCUGUCGCCCAUGGGCUCCCCUCCCUGCACAGUCGGCUCAUCUGCUCCAGGCUGAGCAGGGGGCGGGACAGACGCCUGGCUGCAACACAAGACAGGCAGUGACGGCCGUGCCAUGGCCGCUGAGUGCGCCCCCACACUGCCCGGUCCUUCUGGGCACACCGUCCCUCCUGACCCUGCGCGACCCUGGAGAUACGUUCCUAAAACAUCGCUGAGUUCACCACCUUGGCCAGAAGCUGUCCUGCCAGACCCCGCUGAGGAGACCAGACACCAUGCAGAAGUCGUGGGGAAGGUGAACGAAAUGAUCGCCAAAGGCCGAUACGGCCGACUCUUCGCUGUGGUGCACUUCGCCAGCCACCAGUGGAAGGUGACCUCUGAGGACCUGAUUUUAAUUGACAACGAGUUAGACAUUGCGUGCGGAGAGAGGGUACGGCUGGAGAAGGUCCUGCUGGUUGGAGCUGACGACUUCACGUUACUUGGCAAGCCGCUCCUUGGAAAAGAUCUUGUUCGGGUAGAAGCCACAGUCAUUGAAAAGACAGAAUCAUGGCCAAAAAUCAAUAUGAAAUUUCAGAAAAGGAAAAACUACAAGAGGAAAAAAGCAUGCCCCGUGAGACACGGACGGGGACACCAGAGGCGGCUCUCACGUCCUGCACAAAGACUGGACAAAGAAAGGGACGUGGUGGGGUCCUCUCAGCAGAACGUCGCCCAGCAGCACGCGCUAAGUGAACUGGCCCUCUAUACGGGAACGGGAACGAAUCUUCGAUUCUAGUGGGGCCCGAGCAACACCUGACCUUGUGCCUCUGGUUAUUGUGAACCCACAGACUGUCCUCCGAGUAAACACCAUCGAGAUUGCUCCACGUUUGUGCUGAUUGUGAAGCUCAUGUUUACAGAAUAUAAAAAUAAACUCCUGUUUUCUGGAGG